AUGGCCGCCUGCGGGCCGCCGGGCUCCCUGCGUGGAGCCCUCGGGUGGCCCCUGCUGCUGCUGAUCUUCGUCUUCUGUUUUGCCUGUGAAGCCUGCAAAAAUGUGAUCUUUAGAACACCCUCAAAUUUAGAGGCAGAUAAGAUGAUCGGCAAAGUUAAUUUGAAAGAAUGUCUCCAGUCUGCAGACAUCGUUAGGUUGAGUGACCCUGAUUUCAGAGUUCUGGAUGAUGGGGCGAUAUUCACCACCAGAGAUGUUGUGCUCACUGAUGAGAAAAGAUCAUUCACCAUAUUGCUGUCUGACACGAAGAAACAGAUGCAGAAGCACAUCACUGUGCUCCUGAAACAUCAAAAGAAGGUUCUGCGGAAAAGGCAUACAAAAGAGACUGUCCUCAGACGUGCCAAAAGGAGAUGGGCACCAAUUCCUUGUUCAAUGCAGGAGAAUUCCUUGGGCCCUUUUCCGUUAUUUCUUCAACAAGUUCAAUCUGAUGCAGCUCAGAACUAUACAAUCUUCUACUCAAUACGUGGGCGUGGAGUUGACCAAGAGCCUUUAGAUUUGUUUUACAUAGACAAACACACUGGGAAUCUGUAUUGUACUAAGCCUGUGGAUCGUGAGGAAUAUGAUGUUUUUGAUUUGGUUGCCUCGGCAUCGACGGUAGAUGGGUAUUCUGCAGAUGCAUCUCUACCACUGCCCAUCCGCGUGGAGGAUGAAAAUGACAAUCACCCCUUGUUCACAGAAAGCACAUACAGCUUUGAAAUUCUGGAAAGUAGUAGACUUGGUUCAACAGUGGGAGUGGUUUCCGCCACGGAUAGGGAUGAGCCAGAGACGCUGCACACACUCCUGAAAUACAGCAUUUUGGAGCAGACGCCGAGAUCACCUGGGCUCUUCUCUGUGCACCCCAAGAAAGGUGUCAUCACCUUAGCUUCCCACUCUCUGGACAGAGAGGUGGUAGACAAGUACACAUUGAUAAUGAAAGUACAAGACAUGGAUGGUCAGAAUUUUGGACUGAUGAAUACAUCAACUUGUCUGAUAACAGUCAAAGAUGCAAAUGACAAUGCACCUACUUUCAGACAAAAUGCUUAUGAGGCCUCAGUAGAGGAAAAUACAUUCAAUGUGGAAAUUUUACGAUUACCUAUAGAAGAUAAGGAUUUAAUUAAUACUGAGAAUUGGAGAGCCAAUUUUACCAUUUUAAAAGGCAAUGAAAAAGGACAUUUCAAAAUCAGUACAGACAAAGCAACCAAUGAAGGUGUACUCUCUGUAAUAAAGCCACUGAAUUAUGAAGAAACCCAGAAAUUGAUCCUGGAAAUUGGAGUAAGCAAUGAAGCUCCACUUACUAGAGAGAUUGCAAGCAGAUCCGCCGUGAGCAGAGCUGUGGUGACGGUUCGCGUGCAGGAUCAGGAUGAGGGGCCUGAGUGCCACCCGCCCGCCCAGUCUGUGCGGAUUAGAGAGAACUCGGAGGUCGGGUUGAAGAUCAAUGGCUACCAGGCAUAUGACCCAGAAACCAAGAGUGGCAGUGGCUUGAGAUAUAAAAAAUUGCAUGAUCCUAAAGGGUGGAUCAAUAUUGAUGAAAGGUCAGGGUCAAUUUUGACUUCCAAAAUCCUGGACAGGGAGGCUAUGAGUCCCAAAAAUGAGGUAUACAACAUUACAGUCAUGGCAAUAGACCGAGAUGGUAGAUCGUGUACUGGGACACUUGCAGUGAACAUUGAAGACGUGAAUGAUAAUGCGCCAGAGAUGCUUCAAAAUUAUAUAACAAUUUGCAAGCAAAAGGCGGCCUAUACUGAUAUUUCUGCUGUUGAUUCAGAUGAAGCUGUCAAUGGGCCUCCAUUUUCUUUCUCCUUGGCAAAUACUUCUCCAGAAAUCAAUAAAAUAUGGACCCUCACCCGUGUUAACGGUACAGCUGCCCGUCUUUCGUAUCGGAGUGAUGCUUACUUUCAAGAAUAUGAUGUUCCGAUUGUAGUAAAAGAUAGGGCAGGUCAAUCUGCAACAAGAACCGUGAGGAUUAAUCUAUGUGAUUGUGUUCAUCCAACUCAAUGCCGCGCAGCUUCAAGGAGUGGAGGAAUGCGACUUGGCCCAUGGGCAAUCCUGGCAAUAUUACUGGGUGUAGCAUUAUUAUGUUGCGUAUUGCUAACUUUGGUAUGUGGAGUUGUUGGUACCAGAAAAGAAAAACGUUUUCCUGAAGACUUAGCGCAGCAGAACUUAAUUAUAUCAAACACGGAAGCCCCUGGGGAUGAUAGGGUGUGUUCUGCCAAUGGAUUUGUGACCCAGAGUGUGAACAACUCCAGCCAGGGCUUCUGUGGCACCGUGGGAUCAGGAGUCAAAACGGGCGGGCAGGAAACCAUGGAAAUGAUCAAAGGAGGACACCAGACCCUGGACGCCUGCCGCGGGGGAGGACACCACCACACGCUGGACUUGUGCAGGGGCGGGCACUUGGAGAUGGACAACUGCAGAUACGUUUACUCGGAGUGGCAUAAUUUCACACAGCCCCGGCUCGGUGAAAAAUUACAUCUGUAUAAUCAGAAUGAAGACAACAUCCGGGCUGCAGAUUAUGUGCUUCCUUACAACUACGAAGGGAGGGGAUCUCCAGCGGGAUCGGUCGGUUGCUGCAGUGAAAAGCAGGAGGAGGAGGGACUUGACUUUUUAAAUAAUUUGGAACCCAAAUUUACUGCCUUAGCAGAAGCGUGCGUGAAAAGAUAA